UUUUCAAAAUUUGGAGCAAUCAAAAAGUGUGUGAAGCAUUUCUAAGUAGAAAGUGAUUUAUUUGGAAUCAAGUGUUGAAAAAAUAAACACAGUGAAACAGUAAAAAUGUCUGCAAUCGGUAUUGACUUGGGAACGACAUACUCCUGCGUGGGUGUGUUCCAAAAUGGUAAAGUGGAAAUCAUCGCAAACGACCAGGGAAAUCGAACCACCCCCAGCUAUGUGGCAUUCUCGGACACGGAACGGCUGAUCGGCGAUGCGGCCAAGAACCAGGUGGCGAUGAACCCGAAGAACACAGUUUUCGACGCCAAACGAUUGAUUGGUCGCAAGUUCGAUGAUCCAAAGAUUCAGGCCGACAUCAAACACUGGCCGUUCACGGUGUGCAACGAUGGCGGUAAACCAAAGAUUGAAGUCGAGUUCAAAGGUGAAAGGAAGCGAUUCUCACCGGAAGAAAUCAGCUCGAUGGUGUUGGUGAAGAUGAAGGAAACGGCUGAGGCUUACCUGGGAAAGAGUCUGAAUAAAGCCGUCAUCACAGUUCCUGCUUAUUUCAACGAUUCUCAGCGUCAGGCCACGAAAGACGCUGGCGUCAUUUCAGGCCUAAAUGUCAUGAGAAUCAUCAAUGAACCGACGGCUGCUGCAUUAGCAUACGGUCUGGACAAGAACCUGAAAGGCGAACGACAUGUAUUGAUUUUUGAUCUGGGAGGCGGAACUUUCGAUGUGUCGAUUCUUACGAUCAACGAGGGAUCGCUAUUUGAGGUACUAUCAACGGCGGGUGACACUCAUCUGGGAGGAGAAGACUUCGACAAUCGUAUGGUGUCGCACUUCGUGGACGAGUUUAAACGCAAGUACAGAAAAGAUAUCUCAUCCAAUCCUCGUGCUCUAAGACGUUUGAGAACGGCAUGCGAACGAGCAAAGCGAACACUCUCAUCCAGCACUGAAGCAACCAUUGAAAUCGAUGCUCUUGUGGAUGGAAUCGACUACUACACGAAAAUCUCCCGAGCUCGAUUCGAGGAACUCUGCUCGGAUUUGUUCCGUUCAACACUGCAACCAGUUGAGAGAGCUCUGAAGGAUGCCAAAAUGGACAAAAGUGCAAUCCACGACAUAGUGCUAGUCGGUGGAUCAACACGCAUUCCGAAAGUCCAAUCAUUACUCCAGAACUUCUUCUCUGGAAAGUCAUUGAACCUGUCAAUCAACCCAGACGAAGCUGUGGCCUAUGGUGCUGCUAUUCAAGCUGCCAUUCUCAGUGGCGACAAGGACGAGAAGAUUCAGGAUGUGCUGCUGGUAGAUGUGGCUCCACUAUCUCUAGGAAUCGAAACAGCUGGCGGUGUGAUGACCAAGCUUGUUGAACGCAACAGCCGAAUUCCAUGCAAGCAAACUCAGAUAUUUACGACUUAUUCAGACAAUCAGCCAGGAGUAUCGAUCCAGGUGUUCGAAGGAGAACGGGCCAUGACAAAGGACAACAAUCGACUUGGUCAGUUUGACCUAUCAGGCAUUCCACCAGCUCCGAGAGGCGUUCCUCAGAUUGAGGUCACAUUCAAUCUGGACGCAAACGGUAUUCUAAAUGUAUCGGCCAAGGAGAAGAGUACCGGAAAGGAGAAGAACAUCACAAUCAAGAACGACAAGGGCCGCUUGAGCCAGGCGGACAUCGAUCGAAUGUUAGCCGAGGCGGAGAGAUUCCGUGAGGAAGACGAGAAGCAAAAGGAACGCAUUUCGGCCAAGAACAAGUUGGAGGGUUACUGCUUCCAGUUGAAACAGUCACUGGAAUCGACCGGAGAUAAACUGAGUGAAUCGGACAAGAAGAUAGUGACGGACAAAUGUGAGGAAACGCUUCGAUGGUUGGAUGGAAAUACGAUGGCCGAGAAGGACGAAUUCGAUCACAAGAUGCAGGAGCUGAGUCGAGUGUGCAGUCCGAUCAUGACUCGACUGCAUCAGGGCGGAGGAGGAGCAUCAUCGGCGGGAGCCACAAACUGUGGGCAACAGGCGGGAGGCUUCGGAGGUCAUUCCGGACCCACCGUUGAAGAAGUUGACUAAGCAUUAUAAAAUUCAAU